GGAUUAUUGCCGAUUAUCAAAUAUUAAAAUUAACCGCCAAUAUUUUGCGUGGUUUAAGGAUUAAAGAUUUUAGUUUUAAAUUGAACUAUUUAGGCAACAACGAGACCAAAGAAAGAUACAAAAAAAAAUUAAAAGACUUUAUUAAAAAGACUGCUCCUGACUUGUGUGCUGAUUGUCAAAGGAGAAAUGAAACUAAUCCUCUAAGAAUACUAGAUUGCUCGCUUUGUAAAAAUAAAUAUCAAUAUCCUUCUUAUAAGGACGCUUGGGGUGAAAAAGAUAACAAUUAUAUAAAUGAACUCAACCGGACUUUAGACAAAUUUAAUUUUUCUUAUCAAUAUGACUAUCAUUUAGUACGAGGUUUAGAUUAUUAUACAGGAUUGGUUUUUGAGAUUGAUUUGGGAACUGAGAAAGCAAUUCUAGGCGGAGGUCGUUACGAUAAUCUUUACCGAGAAAUAGGAGGUGUGGAUGUGCCCGCUCUUG